GUAGGUUUCUACUUUUAUUUUCUGUGAUCUAAGCGUUUUUCAUCUGUUUUUUUGUGUUUGCGUGUUUUGGAGUUUCUUUCAGCUACCGUACUAUUUCCAUUAAAUUAAGUCGGCAUUUUAUCAUAAUUUGUAGGUAUUCAAGUUGUAUUGAUUAUUUGAUUAUUUGAAACAUUUAAGUUGGACAAAAAAACCUAAACUAGAUUAAAUUUGGUACUUUAAGUAUAUUAUUAAGUUAAAUUUGACCAAAGAAACCAAAAAAGAACAAACUUUGUCUUCACACAACAAGCUGAUGCUUUUUGUUUCUCUCCUCUAAUGAUGCUGCUAAGCCUAUUUAAAGACAAAAGGAAAUCCUGCAUUAAACUUGACAUGUAAUGUUUAUUUUUUACCGUUUAAUGAGUUAAAGUUCCCAUCUUGCAUUGCGAUUUCUUUACAUCCAUAAUUUACUCAGUAAGUGGAAAAUUCAGAUGCUGCAGACGAACUUCUCAACUGACUUUCUGCUUCUGUGGUCUCUCUUCAUAAGCCUCUCGUAAAUGUUGAGCUGUUCUCACAUUUACAGAGCAAACCACAGCUGCACUUCCUAUCUGUCACCAAUCUACCUUCACAUUUCUUCUCUAACCAUGCAGCUAAAUUCCAAUAUGAGCAGACUGGUUGUUUUCCUUUCAACUGCUUUUCUUCCAGGUCUCUGCCUACAGAGGAGCGGCAGUGCUGAGGCUCUUUUCUACAGGCCUGUUCUUCAACACAACAAAACCAUUCCCACAACUGGAAGCUACAUGCUGAGAGAUUAUGCUGGGCAGCCGUGCAUCAAAGCCAACAUGGGAGCACAGUAUGUUGUUACCGAAAACAAGACAAACUGGUAUUUCAGCCUUGAUCCAUCCAGGGUUUCGCUGAGCGGUAAAUGCAGCAAAGAUGAAGCUCUUCUCUCCCUCAUGCUGCCGGAUAAUUCUGCAUGUCUGGACUUCACCUUCAGAAAAGAUGAAGAUAAUUUCUACGUCGCCAAACUGGCGGCUCGAUUGUUCCCUCUACCUGUUUGCAAAGGAUGCCCCAAUAAAACAUAUUCUGGGAUUCUAACCAACCAGACGCUUUUCAAAGCAGCAAAGGACAAAAGCUUCAAGUGUACGUCAGAGUCGCUCCUUUCGGUUUCCUCUGAGCUGCGGAUCAAGUUGGUUCGUCUGCAGAUGCAGGCCUUCGGUGUCCCUGAUGGGAAGUUCAGAGAAGAGGAUGAGUGCUGGGCUGAUUUUAACCACAGAGCGGUUCCCAUCAUCAUCGGGUCCAUAGCAACCGGAGUCCUCCUCAGCAUCGUGCUGAGCUUCCUGAUCAUCAGAGAUCGCCGCGCACCAGGAUAUGAGAGACUCUGAACUUAAUGUUUCACUUUUUAAACCCUCUAAAUGUCUAAAAUUUAAACUAAAACUAAAACUGUUUACAGUUUUAUAUCAGUGUUUAUGUUUCUGUCUUUUAACAAGCAUUUUUAUUUAUCAUUGUUGCUCAAUUUCAUUGUUAAAGUAUGGCGAUAUUGCCGCAUGUAAAGCACAUUGUUGCAUUUUUUUCAACUCACCUUUUGAAUAAAAGGAAAAAAUUCUAUAAGAACAUUAAAAUGAAAGCCAAAUUCACUUCUGGAACUUACUCUGUAAAUAGACAUUAAAGUAUAAAUAAAUAU